GUUCAUUUCCCAUUGGCACCUGAACGCAGCAUGACGGUGGCCUCGAGCGGAAACUGAUUGGUCCGCGAGCUCCGAGAAAAACAGGUUACGCCAUAUUGUGAGUUUAUCAAAAGAGCGCUGCAUUUGCGCAAAAAUGACAGAAUAACUUUUGCUGACUGACAUUUGACGCUAAGAUGGUGCACACCGGGGCAAAAGAAGAAGGCAUACCCACGGAGCAAGGUUGUACGGUACCGCAGGGAUCUUCCACGGUGUGUCUGCGGAGCCGACCCUGCUCCAACGAGAGGGACGCUCAGGUGCGGGCUGUCAAAGCCGCUCUCCAGUCCCGGUUAGGGCCCUACGAGCCCCUGCUCACAUACCUACAGGCCGUGCUAGUGUGGGAAAAACCCGUGCAAUGUGUGCUGCUUUACGUCCUGGUCAACCUGGUGUUCUGGUUUUUCGCCCUGACCUCACUGCGCCUGCUGUUCCUCGUGGCAUCUGGUUUGGCUCUGGCUGUUUUCGUUGACACCUGGAGGAAUAAGAUUUGGCCGGAGAUCAGAGUAAAAAAGAUGGAGGAAUCAGAAUGCUGGGGUCUGGUGCAGCCCGGCAUCCUAAGCGUCCCAGAGCUGUGUCACCACGUCUCUGAGGCCUGGGUCAGUGGAGCAGUGCUCACAUCCAGCAUGCUUCAAUACAAACGCCUCAACCCUGGAAAAUUCUGCCUCCUCACCUGCAGUAUCUUCUCGUGUCUGGCUGUGAUUGGACGUUACAUCCCUGGAGUGGUGCUGUCCUACUCUGCCGUGUGGGCGACUCUGCUGGCUCCUUUGGCAGCGUAUCACCAGCUCUUUCAGCAUGUGUGCGUGAAGCUGGAGCCAGUCCUGCAGCGGCUGGACUUCAGUGUGAAGGGAUACAUGAUGUCAAAGCCAAUCGAUAACCAGUUUUUACGAAAGCCCAUCCGAGGAAUAGCCUCAGGUGAAGGCAGCGACAGUGAAGAGGAGCUGGCUGCAUUUUGUCCAACUUUUGAUGAAGCGGUUGUUGCUAAGGAACUUGCCAUGACAGACUCUGAGCACUCGGAUGCUGAGGUGUCGUACACAGAGAACGGGACUUUUAACCUGUCUCGUGGGCAGACCCCGCUCACAGAGGGCUCUGAAGACCUGGACCGCCACAGUGACGCAGAGGAGUCCUUUGCACAGGACCUGCCAGACUUCCCGUCCAUAAACCCUGAUGCCACCCUCAUGGAUGAUGAUGACGAUACGAGUAUUGGGUUGCCCAGCCUGGGCCCCUCUGGUCUGGCCGGUCACCGCGCCUCUGUGCUGGAUGUGGAGGAGCAGCUGGACUCUGAGGAAGAGUUGGACUCUCUGCCUGUGACCUCUGACCUCACUGCAGAGCUGGCUGGAGUCAUCGCCAGUAACAUGAUCCAGGCAGCUCUGGCUGGGGCCAUGCAGCCGCGGGCCCCUAUGCAGCGCAGGGAGGGCCCUCCUAAAGCAGGGGCCCAUCGGAGCUACCGCAAACAGUCCAGCUCCGAACUGGACACGGACUGGGACCCCGAGGACUUUGAGAUGCUGGAUCAGUCUGAACUGAACCAGAUGGAUCCUCUCGGGGGAGGGGGCAGUAAAAGGGGAGAGGGCCAGGGCUCUACUUUCUUGUCCAGUCUGCUUGGCAAACCUCAGUAGUGUGUGUAGUGAGAGAGUAUGUGAAGAAUGAGUUAUGAAUGUGAUUUUAUGAUCCCUGCGUCUGGUCAGUUAUCACUGUGAAGUAUGUUUUAUUUCUGCUUUCUCCAAAUCAUUUCCUUUGUAGGCUGAGCAAUAGGACCAUGGCAGACCAGCACCUCUGAGCCUUGUAGGAGUCACAUGGUUUUGGGCUCCUAAAGCAGUGCCCUCAAAUCCACCUUUUCUGCCAUCAAGACAGGGCUACACUGGGACCAAAUGUGACAUUCCUUUGGCCGAGCUCAACACAGCGCUGUUACGUGUGUUGUGCUCAUUUGAGAAUCUUGGACUUACUGGUUAAAGGUGAUAAAAGUGAAAGAGGCGUUUGGAUUGUGAAACCAGAUUGCUAUUUCAAUAGGGUGUUGGUGAUAAGUAAUUUUAUGACAGGAGUAGAGAGAGAUGAUUGAUCACUUAUCUAAAGUUGUCCUGUUCUAAAAGACUUUGUUCUGUUUCAUGCCUCCUGACCACCGGAGGUAGUCUGGCGGCCAUCCGGGAUUCAUAGAACUGUAGUUACAUAUGUAACUGUUUUCAGUGUGGUUUCUGUUUGUUCCCUUACAUAGGAAAAUCUAUAUUGUUAGAAAUGUUAUCAAGAUAUUUUGACCCAAACCCCGGAUGAAAACUUUGCCGGAUGUUGUAUUGACGUGUGCCCGAGGGUGAGGUUUGCUUUGUUUGAGUGUGUAAGGAUUUUAGUAUUUCUGUAUACUUUCCCUUUAAUACCAGCCUUUAAGGCAUUUUUACUCUUUUAUGCAAAUUGUGUUGCCACUUUUCUCAGUAGCUGACAUUAUUUUGAAGUUUUAUUGUUACUACUGCUGGUGUCUAUUUGCAAAUCUGUUUACAUCUAAAUUAGGUAAACUUUUACAUCUUUAAGUUAUUUUGAAGGACAAGUUGUGUCAGUGAGAUUUUAACAACAGCACUUUUAAACUCAAAAGGAGAGAUUGAAAAGAAAAAGAAAUUGGUAAUCUAAAUAAACAGCACUGGAGUUUUAUUCAUAAAAUAUUGAUUUGAAAUCAAUUAUUUGAAAAAUUUAGCACAAAAAUCAUUUGACAAUUAUUUAAAAUUCAAAGAGUUUGUUGUAUUUUGACGAGGACUACUUCUCUUCUAUGGGAUCUGUUUGACAAUGUGAUAGUAGUUUUUCUUCUACUUGGUUUUGAUAUGUUUGAUGUGCAAAUUAUAUUCAAUAAAAACUUUGCUAUUAAAUGA